AUGGGCAUUGUAAAUACCAAUGAUAUAAUCACUGCUACACAUAUUGUUAAUACAGAUAUUCAAGAUGAAGAAUUGCAAUUGAGCUCAGCUUUGAAUAUUCUCAGGUCUUUGAUAAAUUACAAAGUUGCUAAUCCUCAAGAAUACGCUGACAUUUCUACCGAAAAUGAUGCUAUUCACUAUAUAUUGAGUAUUGAAGAAAUCGUUAGCAUUAUUCAGCAACAAGAGGACAAUAUUGAAAAUAAUGAUGAAGAUGGACCAGCACCUCCCAAAAUAUCAAUUUCAGUCACUCUUUCUUCUCAAGAAGAUUCUUCCUUAUCUACCCAAGAUCAACUUGCCGUUCUUCAACAGCUUACUCAUGAACUCAAUAUAAUCGAUUCUUCUGAAUCAUCUGAAACAGAGUCCGAGACAGAUAACGAUAAUGAAUAUGAUCCAGACCAAGAAAGAAGACAUUUACAUUGGGAAGCAUUUUUACCUUCGUGA